AUGCUAAACAUCAAAGUCAUCUCCACUAUCCUGCUCAUUACCACCUCCUCCCUCCUCGCUACUGCCCACCCAGCAGCAGAUUUCAGUGAUGGCUAUUCCCCAAAGGAACAUUAUCCCAACGCCCUUGUCUGCCCUACUUGCAACCCUGUCUCGGGCAAAAACUUCUGUGAUAUAACUACGUCCUGUAUCAACAUGGGUUACAGUUUCCACUGCGCCUGCCGUGCCGGCUAUAAAGCGACCAAGUACGACGACCCCUACGGCAAGAAACAAUUCCGUCUCCCAUUCAAGCACUACGAGUUUCUCGUUUUCACUCCCGAGAAGACAGAGUGCAAUACCCUUUGCAACGAUCCUACUGCAUCCGCCGAUAAGCUUUGCAGUGAGGUGCCACUUUUGGACUGCAAGUUGUAA